UUGUUUUGCAUCUGUAAUGCUCCACGAUAUGGAGCUAUAAUGACUCGGUGUAUGCUCCGGUUGACAUGACGAGCGCAAAUUCUGUCAUUGUAGCUGGAUUUCCUAUCCUCUUGACUCUGCGAGAAUCUGGAUGCUCUGCUCUUGCUACUACUGAUAAUCAUAUAGUCAAUCAACUGGAGUCUCCAAUGCCUACUGCCCUGCAACAGAUCGUUGUGGGGGAUGCUUCCCAAGGUUGUUUGAGUUCCUCUGGCAAUACUGAGUUUCAAGAUCAGUUAGCAGGAACAAUACCUAUUACCUCUCUUUUCCAGUCCACGUCUCUUUCUCCAGUGAAUGUUAUUCGCGGAAACACUAAAGAUUCGGCAUUUUCAGAUUCUCAGUUCCAGCCAUUAGAAACUUUUAGAACUUGCAUCCUACACAGUUCCUCCAAUGCUUCUAAUUCUUCAUUUGCUACUAGUUCUCUUAACUGUGAAGGUGAUGAGUCCCUGUGUAAUGCAAAUAACAAGUGGGAAAGCCAUAGAUUUCAUUAUAUUCAGCAACACACUGGGGAGAACCAAGAAAGAUUGGAUUUCCAGACCAUCUCGUCGAUAGAAAACCUGGAUCUGAAUGGCUGGAUGCCAUCCAACACCAUGAACUCCAAGCUUUGGAAUGAGCUCUCUCUAAGUCUUGCCACAUCCCAACCCGUCGUAAUUGAAGGAACGAAUUGCCUGGACCAGUAUCCACAGUUGGCUUUUUCUGGUGCUACUCAGGCUUGUUUGAACAGCACGGAAUUAGGCUCGAACCUUAAUUCGUGCAACUCCAUGGACCUCUCUCUGAGUUAUGGAUCUGGUAGCCCCAUUCACCUCUCUCAAGCAAUAGUGGGAUCCAGUUAUCUUUCAGUCAUUCAGGACAUACUUUCCCAAAUUGCAAGCUAUUCACUGGAAAAUUCAGAUCAAGUUAGUUAUUCAACUACCACGGCUGGGUUUGUGCCAUUUUCAUCACGUUCCCUGGAUGAUGCGACAUCUGAAUUUGGUUCAGAUGUAAUUGGUAUAUCCAGUUCUCAAAUGGAGCUUCAAUGGCAAAAACUAUCUGGUGAUGCAAAGAGAUCCCAUCUGUUGACUCUACUGCAAUUGAUUGAUGAGAGAUACACUCAAUGCUUGGAUGAGAUUCACACUGUUGCAUCUGCGUUUCAUGCUGCCACUGACUUGGACCCUCGUCUGCAUACUCGUUAUACGCUCCAGUCAAUUACUUCUGUUUACAGAAACCUGAGGGAGAAAAUUACCAACUGCAUUUUUACAAUGGGGGUGAGUUCUAACACAAUGUGCACCGUGGAGAAGGAGAAAUCCUUCGAGGCGACGUUCAUCCAGAAACAGUGGGCACUCCAGCAGCUGAAAAGGAAAGAUAAUCAAUUAUGGAGGCCACAGAGAGGCUUGCCUGAAAGAUCUGUCUCGGUUUUAAGAGCGUGGAUGUUUCAGAACUUUCUCCAUCCAUACCCCAAGGACACAGAGAAGCAUUUACUUGCAGUAAAAAGUGGAUUAACCAGAAAUCAGGUUUCUAAUUGGUUCAUCAACGCUCGUGUCCGGCUGUGGAAACCGAUGAUUGAAGAAAUGUAUGCUGAAAUAAGCCGAAGAAAAUCCAGUCAAAAUGAUGAAGGAUUUGAAAGAAUUCGUCGAAGCCAGAUUAGUAUGGGCAGAAAGAAGAUGUAGCCAGUUUGGAUUGUGAAGAAGGUAAUUAGCUGAAUUGAGAAGUAUAUGAAACGUGAAUAGAAAACAGCAGGGGUAUUCAGGUCCACAGACAUGUUUCAGAUUGAAUUCCAACAAUAUGGAUAGGGAUUCAACUGUACCUUUUGGCUGUGUAUUUGUUGACCGCAUUGAACAUUCUAUAUAUUCUUUUUGGUACUCAAAGCAAGUCAACCUGAAGAGUCUCUUUUGCCU